AUGGACUCCAACAGAGAGAUUCCACCUGAGCUGGAAGCAAUUGCUCUGCGAAAAUUCGAUAGCCUUGUGGACAGAGGAGAGAUACAGUACGAGCGGCCAAAGACUUCGGUAGUAUGGGCACAGGGGUUUCAGUUCCAGUUUGACGUAACGCCAGCUUUGAGCAACAAGCCAAUACUCUCGCCCGAAGAUCCAGGUCGUUCAAACCCCAUCGGUCCAUUUGUCGACCCUCCAGAGGAAUGGCCAUACGUGGAGACCAGCAUCUCGGGAGUGCCAUUUGUGCACUUUGUUGUCCGCCUGCCAGAGAAAUCGUCCUCCAAACAAGUCUACACGCAGUAUGAGAGGCUUCUUGGAAUGGCGAAAGACGCCCUGAAAGCUGCACAUGCCGGCACUGACUACAACUUGAUACUUGUAUCCGAAUGGAUGGCUCUGAUACCACGCAGGAGGAAAGGCUGGGGGUCCUUUAUCGCAAAUGCAGCGAAUAUGGUGGGCUCACUGUGGCUCAGGAUCGAGGAGCAGCGAGAUGAUAUGCUCAAACACCCGAUUGUAGAUAUGCUUGCUGAGUUAGGUAUCCCACUACAGCGUACCUGA